UGUUUUGGUUCCAUUUACGCAAGGUUUUAAUUACUCUUAUCACUUUUGACUGCAAUUAGAAGUCACGUAAUUGUUAUCGGCAACAGUUUACACUGUAAUUACCCAUAUUACUAAUCUAAUAAAACAAAUCCGUUACAAAGAGUAACGGUCAAGCUUGACAACGUUGAGCGAGAACCUGCCAAAAGUUGAAAAAAUGGCGGCCAUAUUCAGGUUAGGUAAUCGUCAAAUUCUCAAUCAACUUAGAAAUGAAAAACUUGGAAUGUUGUCACUGGUUCGUCCCGUGACCCUCAAGGCCCAACCGGCCACUAAAGAAGAGGAUAUAGGUAAUGACGAACGUAACAUGAAAUUAGGGCGCCCACAAUCGCCCCAUUUGACAAUUUACGCCCCACAGUUGACUAGCAUGUUGUCAAUUACACACAGAGCGACAGGUAUGAUGCUUGCCGGAUAUGCCAUUAUGUGGGGAACAGGAGCGGUCAUUCUUCCCGACACAAUUCCACAUUAUUUGGAUGCAUUACAACAGGCGCAUGUGGGGGGCUUUGUCUUGUCAAUAGGAAAGUUUAUGCUGGCAUUCCCGAUGUGUUACCACUUCUGGAACGGAAUUAGGCAUUUGGCUUGGGAUAUGGGACGUUUUCUCACAAUGAAGGAAGUGUACGCCACUGGAUAUGCCAUGUUGGGGUUGACUUUCGCCUCUGCAAUUGCCCUCACGUCUAUGUAAAUUAAAUUGUGUAUUUUUUUAAUUUAUUUCUUCAACUAGUUACAAAAAUCUGUUUUCUAAACUUUUUUGUUCUGAUUUAAGUUGAAAAGUUAUGUUCUAAGUUGUAAAUUAAUUCUAAUUUUACAAUUAGUAACAAAAAGUAUGUAUGCCGUUUUGGAAUUAGUUCUGGAUAUUGUAUUUUGGCAAUGAAACAAAUUGUUAACGUCAAUAAACAUAUUUUUUGUUUAA